GAUAAAAAUAGGUUAGUCAGUUGCGAAGGCCCGAAGCCGCUUAGCAGCAUAGUUUGGCUCUGCAGUAUUUAUUUGUUAGCCGUAUACUUACGGCAAAAUAUGUCUGCAGAAAAAUGUAAAAGAUAGCUGGUCAAAUAAUGAAUUUCAACAGUCUUUCAAUAUUACCACUUCAUCAUUAUCCGGAGUACCUCAAGCCAUGCUGCGACUUAAUAAACGCAGAAUGGCCUCGCAGUGAGACUGCUAGAAUGAUGUCGCUUCAAGCAUCGUGCGACUCUCUGCCCACCAGCUUUAUUCUAGUUAAUGAUAAAUGUGUCAUAGGGCAUUGUAAAUUAACGCCCAUCCCAAGUAUACCCGAGAGUUGCUUCAUCGAGACUGUAGUUAUAAGUAAAUCACUGCGUGGAAAGAAAUUGGGCAGUUUUCUUAUGAACAAAAUGGAAGAUUAUGGAAGAGACGUUUUAAAACUAAAAAUGAUGCAUUUGUCCACGAAAGGACAGGAGAACUUCUAUGCAAAAUUGGGAUAUGAGUUAUGUCCUCCAGUGUCAAUUUACGGCACUUGUGUGAAUAGUAUGUUUAAAAAAUCAGAGGAAGAAAGUUCAGAGACUGUUAAAUAUGUGCCACAAAACGCAGAAACUAGCGGGUUUGCGCCGCCGCCCCCUCCCCCACCGAUGCCGAAGGCUCCUGAUAUAAAUGGCAGUAACCAAAAGAACUGUAUCAAAAGUACUAAAACAUUUAUGUUUAAAUAUUUAUAAUAUACGUUUUUAAAUAAUCAAUUAUAACAUUAAGCCAAAUACCUGCACCUGAACCUAAACUAUCAUUAUUUUCAAAUUGUUGGCUCUGUCUACCCCGCGAGGGAUAAAGACGUGACUUUAUGUUUAUGUUUUUAAAUAAUAGUGUGUUUGCAAUGUGGAUUAACGAAAAAAUAUUCUAAAAUCGGAGCAGUAAAUAAAAAUAAAACUUUAAGUAUUAACAGAGUUUAUUCAUUAUUAUUUCAAAAAUGUUAAUUCCACUAUUAUAUUUCU